AUGCGAGCACUCAGCCGGCGCCGACAACUCUGCAAACGUUAACUCAGUGAAAGACAACUACUUCUGCGCCUACCACAACUGUGGCGGACGGCUUCUUUAACUGCACCUCUAAACUUCCGUCGCUUGCUUCAGUGAUGCAGUUGUUACUGUCCCAGGCCAUCCUGAGUGCCGUCGCCCUCGUUGCGACAGCACAAAUACCGCUGUGUCCUUAUCACGCGCACCUUACAGAGGAGCUUCGGAAUUGUCACGGCCCGGAGCUCAGUAGCAAUGAAGCGUUCAACACGCUUUCGGAAUUCAGCAAGAGGUACGAGGAGUACUGCGCACGUAAGAUAGCGCCCCAGAUGUCCGUCUCCGAACUGCACGUGCACAGAUGCGCGGACAAGCAGUUUAACAGAUUGUUUUACAGGUGCUGGGCGGAUAUGUUAAGUUCAGACUAUUCAUUGAAUUCAGCGGGCGUUGACAAUCAUGACUUGGCUGUAUUCAAGAAAUCCCUGGAUUGCCAGUUUCACGUUCUCGAAAUUGAGCCAUAAUGAGCAAUUUUUUUCCCACGGCAAGUUAUCUCACGGCCAAAACAAAUCACCCUUUAUCGUUUGAGGAAAAUCUUAAUAAAUGCGUUGCUGCAC